GUGAGGUGUUAAUCACUUCUCGUUACCCCACGUAUACUACACGAUGCACGAGGCAGGCCAAAAUCGGGCCGAUCACCAAAACGGCCGCACGACUGAAAAAACGGCUCAAAAUGGGCCAAAAAUCGCACAGUGUCUGCCCAGCACAGAGGCACUCUAAUGCUGGGCUUACAUAUCAGUCAUAUCAGUGCACUGAACUCACUAUAUUAUCCAUCUAACAGAGCCUCAACAUGUUCUCACUGUAAUUUCCCCUCAUGAAUGAAUUUAUGCUGCACUAAUCUGAAUGUUCGGAGGGAAAUCAAACGCAUUUUACUGGCAGUACUCAAGCUGACUUACCUUUGUUUGAAUGAUGACGUAUUCACAACGUGGAGUCUAAAAAUAGCCAAAUCUUGUAACCAACCAUUGGUUAAUCGGAUGUGCGCCUCCAGACAUUUAUAAUUGCGAAAUGGUUCGCUGUGUAUGCGCUGACUCCACAGGUACGGAAAUAUAUCAGGCUUCGGGGUUUCUGCUCCACUGCCGUUUUUUCAUACGGGUCCACAUUUCCAAUGCACGCUAUUUUUUGCAAGUACCGUCUCUUCUCAUCCGACACAAUCUGAGUCUAUAAAGUUCUUUUUGUUUUGAGCUGCUUUUAAGUACGGUUUGUAUCUUCCGUCCAAACGAGUGUGUUUGUUUUGAUUCGUGGCCUGAUAAAAUGGUGGCAUGCUCCCACAAUGCAUUGCGGCGUGACGUCAACUCCAAAGCCCUAUAACAGAUUUUAUAAAUCUCAAAUUUUACGUUUGAGACUUAUAAAAUAGUAAUGAUAAUUCCAUAAUUAAAAUUAGACGAGUUAACAAACAAAAAACCCCGAAAACAGUGAUAACAUAAAAUCAGCACAAGGCAGUCCAAUCACGAAACACAAUCGUAGUUAGCCAAUCAGGGCGGGUGAUAACAGAUUACGUCACAAGUUGUAACUUAAAGACCGGCGGGAACCUUAUUUGAUCUUUCUGAAUCUUUCCAAGAUACUUCGAGGGACACAGACGGCUUCAUAAAAACUUCAUAAAACAAUGGCUUUGAUGAAGCUUCUAAAUACUCGCCCUGACACACCGUAUUUCCGGCCACCCCCACUGCAUUUCAAAGUGUUAAGAUCAUGCGACCAGCUGAGGGUCACUAGCUGGCACUUCCAAGAUGGGACAGCUACACCCCUGAUUACCAAAAAGAACACUGUGGCAGCCAUCACAGAUACCCAGACUGUGACCAAGGUCACAAUAUUUGAGGAAUUCUCCUCUAAAAUCCAGCAGGGGGGAUGCUACAUAAUGAGGGGGUAUGAACUCAGGGGCGCGGCCCCACCAUACAAUAUAAAUAUAACUGCACGAACCCAAUUUUUUAAGGCUGCAAACCUAACUGUUAGUGAGGAUCGUUUCACCGAAGCAGAGCAUCUUCUAUAUCCUCCUGCUCCACUGACACCUCUGAAGAUGGGCUCCACAAGUGGCGGGCUCAUCACAGUCCAAGGGGAGGACGUAGUGUCAGGAAAACAGCACGUUCCCUUGCUAAAUCUCCAGCUAAAGGAGGAUGGUUAUACCAUAUCAGUCUGCCUCUGGAGGGAGGCAGGAAUUCACACCUUUAAUGUGGGAGACCAGAUUAACCUCUCCCACAUGAAGCUGAACCGCACCGCAUAUGGGCCACAGCUGCACAGCACUACUUAUACGAAGGUUCAGACAAAAGUAGAGGACAGAGAGGAGGUCCUCAUCGUUGGUGUGGCCAUGAGUGACGAGCCGAACCAGCUUGAGGUUCUUCUGGAUGAUGGGCAGAGCCUCUUCAUCAACAGUGAGCUCUGGACACCAUUUGACAAUGAACUUGAGGAGGCAGCGGUCAGGGUAAAAGUUCAAAUUAAGGGGAAGCAAAUUAUGCAGAUUAAAAAAAAACACUGAAUAAUUUAAAAAAUGUAUUCA